AAUGUCAGCGAAAGAAGUGGAUUUCGAGAGAGAAAGUCAUCUUCAUGCUGUGAUGUGUUUUCUCACUGGACAAAGCGGCGAAAAGAUUGUAUCUAUUUAUCCACAUCGAAAACCAGCUACCAAAGCUCCAUCGAAAGAUCCACAACCUUCCAGCUCUAAUCCAGGACAAUGUGUGAAGCCAGUUCUUACAAGUGUCAAAGAUCCAAGUUAUGGUUUCGGACGUGUGGAUACAGAAUUCGACAUGUCUCUCGGAAUGCUUGCUUAUGUGUUCAAAACUCAAGAAAUUGCGUGUAACGAUGGGUUCGAUAUGAAGAUCAAUAAUCAAAGAUUCGUUGCAUAUCCGAAGACAUGGAAAGCACGUGGUGAAUCCACCAACUAUCAGAUUUCGAUUGUUUUUGCACUUAAAAACGGAUGUGAACAGCACACAGCGUCCGCAUAUCAAACACUUUCGAAUAAGAUUGCAGUCAGUUUGGUCAUGCUCCAAAACUAUUUUGGAUUUCUGGAACGAGAGGACAAGUGGGCAGAUAAUGCUGAAGAACCUAAUAAAGAUCAUCCUCUGGAAGAGUUCGCAAAGACUAGUUUCAUAGUUCAACCAUUGGCUGAAAUGUUUGAAGAAGUGCGAAAUCGAGGAAAUAUUCAUAAAUAUCUCAUAAAUUUUGUGGAACUUGGAUUUUGUGAUGAAGCACAUGCCUUGACGAAGUUAAAUGUAGUGCCGAAAGGAAGGCAGGAAAUCGAUGAAAUCGUCAGAAAAAUGAAACCUUAUCACGGAAUUUUGCUUCUCGAAGAUGUGUGGCCAACUCCAGAUGCAAAUCCGAUUGUUGCUAAACUUCUCAGUCAUUGUAGUCCGGAUCGUUCAAUUUUGGAUAUGUCAACGGCGUCUGGAAUCCCGAUUUUUGAAGUUUUCAUGAUCAUUCGACACUUACUGCAAUGGACACGUGCUAUUCUCAUUUAUCCUUUAUGUAAUACAAACAUCUAUACAUCUGCAACAAGUCCACAACCUCUUGAUAAAAUGGCAGAGAAGUUCACAGCUCAAUUCGGCAAUACCAUUCACUUGGCUGCCGGGCUGGCUCAUUUCAAUCCCCCAAAAACACUGGAUACGUUUAUCCGAAAAAACCUUCCUCUACACGAACAGGGAGUUCGUGCGAAGCUUGUCGUUGCUUUGCUUCGUCAUCAAAUGCUCAUGCAGUUGCAUCAAUUUUACUAUAUUCUGAAACCGUACUCGAUCGCGAUCCUACCAGAACCAAAAGAGCCAUGUCCCGCUGAGUUUACGAAAAUCAUCGAGGAAAGCACAUUACCAAAUGACGUGAAGGGAGUUGUAGCGGAUAUUUGUGCUGAAAUGCUCGAAACUACAUCUUAUGCCAGUGUCAAACGAACGUUGAGCCUUUUCGUAAAAGUUGCUCCGAUGAUGGAUGGAAAUCAUCAUUUGGAAGAAAUCAAAUACAAAAAUAAUUUGGAUCGUACAGAAAUCGAGGGAGUUUUCGUGUCUUUCAAGCUUGUAAUUGCUACAUUCCGCCGUCCUGAUUUUGUUGCCGAGUAGCCAAGGAUCUUUUAUUCCGGUUUUUAUAUUUUUCUCAUUUAUGUACAAAAAAUGAAGCAUGAUUUUACCCCCUAU